AUGUCGCGACACCCUGGGGGCAGGGCCAGCCCCGUGUCGGGACAGCCCGGGGACAGCGACGGCCCCGUGACAGGGGGCUCCGGCCUGAGGCUUCACUACGUCACCAAAGGUCCUCCUGAAGCUCCUCUGCUGCUGCUGCUCCAUGGCUUCCCCCAGACGUGGUACUGCUGGAGGCAUCUCCUUCGGGAGCUGGGCAGCAGCUUCCAGGUGGUGGCUUUGGACCUCCCUGGCUGCGGAGCCUCCGAGAAGCCUCCGGGCAGGGACAGCUACCAGCUGGAGCUGCUGCGGGACGGCAGCGCUGCCCCUGCCAAGUGCACCCUGGUGGGGCACGACUGGGGAGGGCUCCUGGCAUGGGAGGUGGCCUGCAGCCACCCGGCCCUGGUGCAGAGCUUGGUGCUGAUGGCAGCUCCCCAGCGAGGAGCCAUGGCAGCUUUCAGCUUGUGCCACCCGAGCCAGCUCCUCCGCUCCAGCUACGCCUUCCUCUUCCAGCUGCCCUGGCUGCCAGAGCUGCUCCUCUCCUUGGCAGACUUUGAGCUGGUGAGGACUGUGAUGAUGUCUCCUUGGCUGGGGGUCCAGAACCCAGCACAGAGGCUGACAGAGGAGGACCUGGAGGUCUACCUCUACAGCCUGUCCCAGCCAGGAGGGUUGUCCCCUCCCAUCCACUACUACCGCAACCUCUUCAGGGACUCCCCCAUCCCGCGGGAGCCUCCCCCUCCCCCCACGCUGCUGCUGUGGGGCUCCCACGAUGCCUUCCUGGACCCUCGCCUGGUGCCAGUCCUGAGCCACCGCCUGCGGCCCGGUGCCAGCAUUCACCUCCUGCCCGGUGCCAGCCACUGGCUGCCCGAGGACCAGCCCCAGGCCCUCGCCCACAUCCUCAGGACCUUCCUGGCCGGGGGCCACCAGCACCCAUGA